AUGUCUGACGGUCUGCUGAAGCCCGAGAAGGACUUCUCCAAGGAUGCCGACAAGCUCAUCCCAGACGCCGAGGCCCUGGCGAAGACCGACACUCAGGGUGCCAUCGACAAGCUGCUGGUGUUGGAGAAGCAAGCUCGACAGGCUUCUGAUCUCGCCACCACUUCCCGUGUGUUGAUUGCCAUCGUUACUAUCUGCAAGAACUCCGGUGACUGGAGUCUUCUCAACGACCAGGUGCUGGUCCUCUCCAAGAAACAUGCCCAGCUCAAGCAGGCGACGACGCGGAUGGUCCAGGAGGUGAUGAAAUUCUUGGAUGAUACCCCAAAUAUGGAAGUUAAGCUUUCUGUCAUCGAGACUCUACGAACGGUCACCGAAGGCAAGAUCUUCGUCGAAGUCGAGCGAGCCCGUGUCACGCGCAUUCUGUCAAACAUCAAGAAAUCCCAAGGUGACCUCAACGCAGCGGCCGACAUCCUGUGCGAGUUGCAGGUGGAGACAUUCGGUUCUAUGACCCGGAGGGAAAAGACCGAGUUUAUCCUGGAACAAGUGGCGCUGUGUAUUGAACGGGGCGAUUGGACACAGGCAUCCAUUCUCAUCCGCAAGAUCAACAAGCGGUACUUUGCCCGGAAGCCAAAGAAGAGUGCCGAGGAGAUUGAGAAGCUCAAGAAGCAGGCGGAAGAACGUGAGAAAACGCGCGGGCCGGAUGAGCCGCCAAUGGAGGUGGAUGAUGAUGUGACCGACCUCAAGCUACGAUACUAUGAUCAGCAAAUCACCCUCGCAAACCACGACUUUAAGUAUCUGGACGUUUGCAAGCACUAUCGAGAGGUGCUGGAUACUGAGGCGGUUCAGAACAAUCCAGACCAACUGCGAGCAGUGAGUUCGCUUCCAAAUCCUAUUUCAGAGAGUCUAGUCGAGUCUCCAGUACUGACCAUCGAAUUCCUUCAACGACAGUCUCUUGCCCGCAUUAUCUACUUCAUCGUUCUUUCCCCCUAUGACAACGAGCAGUCUGACCUAUUGCACCGCAUUCAGCAAGACUCACGAUUGUCCCAGGUUCCGGUGGAGGCUCAGCUUAUCAAACUAUUUACCAUCCCCGAGCUGAUGCGCUGGCCCAUGGUCGCCGAACGGUUUGGCCCUCACCUCUGCAAGACCGACGUGUUUGACGCGCAACCCCAACAGUCUGCCGACAACCAGGCUCACCGCAGAUGGCAAGAUCUCAGGAAGCGCGUCAUUGAACACAACGUGCGUGUGGUGGCCAAGUACUAUACUCGUAUCCAGAUGCCGCGCCUGACCCAAUUGCUGGAUCUGACCGAGGAGGAGACUGAGAAGUACAUCAGCGAGCUCGUGACAUCCAAGACUAUCUACGCAAAGAUCGACCGGCCCGCCCGGCUCGUGAAUUUUGCUAAGCCGCGAGAUGCGGAUGAUGUGCUCAACGAGUGGAGCAGUGACAUGAAGAGUCUGCUGGGGUUGCUGGAGCGUAUCGACCACCUGAUCACCAAGGAGGAAAUGAUGGCUCGGAUCUUGCCCUCGCGCGGGGAGAAGAGUAAGGCGCGCUAA